AAGCCACAACUUAAAGGCUAUUUUUUUAAUGUGAUAUAAAAUGAGGUUAUAAAUUUUCUGAAAGUUAUGAGAUGUUAACUUUCAGUAUUUAUUAAAAUCCUAGAAAUGGCAUAUCGGCUUCUAAGUAGUGGUAGAAGAUUAGAAAAUUUAGUUUGGAAAACACUGAAACAGUACAAUGUGAAUUGUCCGCAGCGUAAUUUUUCCUUUAAAAGAGCGGUAUUAGAUGAAUGGAGAUUAUUUUGUGAGAAGCCUCCAAAGGGAUUUGAGAAAUAUUUUAAACCAGGGAGUGGAAAGGAACUUAGACAAGAAUCGAAAGAAGCAAAAGAAACCAAAGAAGUAAAAGGAAAAGAUGCUAAACAGGAACCACCUAAAGAAGCACCUAAACCUCCUCCUCCAUCAGCAAGUUCUAGAAGCCCUGGAGGAGGUUCUAAACCGUACGAACAGUGGUCAUUUGGCCUUUUUGGUGGCACUGGAAGAGGGGGUAGUGGUGGUAAACCGUUUGGCGACAACGAACGGGACAAAUGGUAUAUCUUAGGAGCUGCAGCAGCGAUUGCCUUUUUAGCCACUAUUACAAUGUGGGAAAUGGGCUAUAAAGAAAUAGGUUGGAAGGAAUUUGUCCACAGUUACCUACAGAGAGGAGUUGUUGAAAAACUUGAGGUUGUAAAUAAAAAGUGGGUCCGGGUCAAGUUGUUACCUGGAAACACUGUGGAGGGAGCUAAUGCAAUAUGGUUCAAUAUUGGAAGCGUGGACUCGUUUGAGCGAAAUCUCGAAAAUGCCCAAAUAGAGAUGAGUCUGGAUCCCCCAAACUUCGUCCCUGUCAUAUACAAGAAUGAGCUAGAAGCCGCUAGCCUUUCUGGCAUGCUGCCAACCAUUUUAGUUAUUGGUUUUCUAAUUUAUAUGAUGAGACGAUCUGCGGAAAUGAUGGGAGGCAAAAGAGGAAAGAAGGGUGGGGGUCUCUUUGGCGGAGUUAUGGAAAGCACAGCCAAACUUAUCAAUUCUAAUGAAAUUGGAGUCAAAUUUAAGGAUGUGGCGGGUUGCGAGGAGGCUAAAAUAGAAAUCAUGGAAUUCGUGAAUUUUUUGAAAAAUCCACAGCAGUACAUAGAUCUUGGAGCAAAAAUUCCUAAGGGAGCUAUGCUUACAGGGCCCCCUGGUACUGGUAAAACUCUUCUUGCCAAAGCCACGGCCGGAGAAGCCAACGUUCCGUUCAUUACAGUGUCCGGAUCGGAAUUUUUAGAAAUGUUUGUAGGUGUAGGUCCUUCCAGAGUUAGGGAUUUAUUUUCUAUGGCCCGCAAACACGCUCCUUGUAUCCUGUUCAUUGAUGAAAUCGACGCAGUGGGUCGUAAAAGGGGAGGACGCAGCUUUGGUGGCCAUUCGGAGCAGGAGAACACCCUAAAUCAGCUGUUGGUGGAAAUGGACGGGUUCAACACUACCACAAAUGUCGUAGUACUCGCUGCUACUAACAGAGUUGACAUUCUCGACAAGGCCCUGCUCAGACCUGGACGUUUUGAUAGACAGAUUUUCGUGCCAGCUCCCGAUAUUAAAGGUCGUGCAAGUAUUUUCAAGGUUCACUUAGGACCGUUAAAAACUAACCUGGAUAAAGCGGAUCUUGCGAGAAAAAUGGCCGCACUAACCCCGGGUUUUACCGGCGCCGACAUUGCUAACGUUUGUAACGAAGCGGCUCUCAUAGCGGCGCGAGAUUUAAACGAAACGAUUAACAUGAAACAUUUCGAACAAGCCAUCGAGCGUGUUGUGGCUGGAAUGGAGAAGAAGACAAACGUAUUGUCGCCUGAGGAAAAGAAAACGGUUGCGUACCACGAGGCCGGCCACGCCGUGGCUGGUUGGUUCUUGGAGCACGCCGAUCCUCUCCUCAAAGUUUCUAUUAUACCCCGCGGUAAAGGCUUGGGUUACGCACAGUACUUACCGAAGGAUCAGUAUUUGUACACAAAAGAGCAACUUUUCGACAGAAUGUGCAUGACUUUAGGCGGACGCGUAUCGGAAGAACUAUUCUUUAGCAGAAUCACGACGGGUGCACAGGAUGAUCUCAAAAAAGUGACUCAGAGUGCUUACGCGCAAGUAGUGCACUAUGGCAUGAACGAGAAAGUCGGCAACGUGAGUUUCGAUAUGCCCCGAGAAGGCGAAAUGCAGUUAGAAAAACCUUAUUCGGAAAGUACGGCUCAGUUGAUCGACGUCGAGGUUAGGAAAUUGAUUGACAACGCACAUAAACAUACGACCGAUUUAUUAACCCACCACAAAGACCAGGUCGCCAAAGUGGCAGAGAGACUGUUGAAGCAGGAAAUAAUCAGUCGCGACGAUAUGAUCGAACUGUUAGGCAAGAGGCCGUUCCCGGAAAAAUCCACGUACGAGGAGUUCGUCGAGGGAACCGGUUCGUUUGAGGAAGACACGCAGCUGCCGGAAGGUCUGAAAGAGUGGAAUAAAGAAAAAGCAAAAGAGCCGGCACCCGAGAAAUCGCAACAGCCGACUGUUUGAAAUUAUUUUUUGUUUUUUAUCUUACCCCGUUUUUUUGUAGUUAUAUUUUAUUGUAAAGUAUUGUAAUUAAAUAUUUUUAUUAUCUCUGCAGACGAGAUAUCAAUAAAAUAUGUACUGAUUAAUAGAUCAAACUAA